GUACCCAUUCUGUCCUGCCUAUAAGUACUGGCGAGUUUAGUUUGAAAUCUUGGUUGUUGUUUGUAUGUUUUGUUUUAAAAUUGGCUAAUAUUUCCUUUGUUUAAUGGACGAGGAGCAAAAAUACAAACUUAUAACCUGCGUUGAUCCCAGGAAAAUUAAUGUGCCAAUUAGAGAUAGAUUUGCCAAGCUAACGCUAUCCAAUAAGAAGAAACAAGUACAGAUGGCAGACGCAAAAGAAGGAGACCUAGAAAGAGAUAUGGAACCAGAUAAACGUGUUAGUCGAAAUCUUAUGGAAACACUUGAUAAUGCAAUUGGAAACGAUUCCAUUAAAUGUGUACCUUUGCAUGAAAAUCUUGGCCCUGCUGCAUCCACGCUUUCGAAUCUUGAUAUGCCAUACUAUGUUAAUCCAUUACUACGUAGUGAAAGCAGUGGAAGUAUUCCUAUAACGCAAUCAUGUUUGAAUCAUGAAAGGGAGGAUGUGCAAUCUGAAGAAAUGCAGCCCUUACAAGUAAGUAAUUUGACGGCCGAUGACAAUUUGCUGGAUAGUGAAAUAGCUACUUUGACGAAGAGGGUGUCUGUAAUGGCCGUGACUGCAAAAGAUUUGAAU